AUGAAGCUCUGGGCGCGCAUUUCGCAGGCGGACAAUGUAUUCCAAUCGCUUCGUCCGCUCACGUACAUAUCCUUGGUGGGCCUGGCGCCUUUUCGGCUGAAUCUGAAUGCGGACAAGGAAGUGCACACCUCGGUUUAUUCCUUUGUGGCGGGCAUUGUGCAUUACCUAAUCUUUGUGUUCUGCUUUGUCACUUCGAUCUGCGAGGGCGAGUCCAUUAUUGGCUAUUUCUUUCAAACCAACAUUACCAAACUGGGCGACAGCACUUUGAGAUUAACUGGCAUCAUAGCCAUGUCCACCAUCUUUGGCUUUGCCAUGUUCCGACGCCAGCAGCUGGUCAGCAUUAUGCAGAACAAUAUUAUUGUGGAUGAGAUCUUUGUGCGUCUUGGGCUCAAGCUGGACUAUCGUCGCAUAUUGCUGUUCAGCUUCCUCAUCUCGCUGGGCCUUGUGUUCUUCAAUGUCAUCUACUUGUGUGUGAGCUAUGGACUGCUAAUCAGCGCCAAUAUUUCGCCAUCCUUUGUCACCUUCACGGCCUUUGCCUUGCCGCAUAUUAACAUCAGCCUCAUGGUCUUUAAAUUUCUAUGUACUACGCACUUGGCGCAGAGUCGCUUCAACAUGGUGAAUGAGAUCCUGCAGGACAUUCUGGACUCACAUAUUGAGCAGCACAGAGCCUUGGAGCUGUCGCCCAUGCACUCUGUGGUGCAUCAUCAGCUUUAUGCGCAUCGCCUGCGCUCGCUGAUGAGCACUCCCUUAAAGCGCUACAGUGUUACCUCCAUUAUACGCCAGAGUCCCGAGUAUGCUAUAAAGCAAGUGGCCAACAUUCAUAAUUUACUCUGCGACAUUUGUCAGACAAUUGAGGAAUACUUUACCUAUCCACUGCUAGGCAUUAUAGCCAUAUCCUUUCUCUUUAUACUCUUUGACGACUUUUAUAUACUUGAAGCGCUGUUGAAUCCUAAGCGACUGGACAAAAGCGAGGACGAGGAGUUCUUUGCCUUCUUUCUGACACAAAUGAUGUGGUAUAUAGUCAUUAUAUUCCUUAUCGUGGAGGCCAGCAGCAACACCAUACGUAAUAGCAGCUUUGCUGCAGCCAUUGUGCACAAGAUUCUCAACAUAAGCGAUGAUCCGGAGCUUAGAGAUCGCCUCUUUCGUUUGUCCUUGCAGCUGUCGCAUCGCAAAGUUUGCUUUACAGCCGCGGGCUUAUUUCGCUUGGAUCGCACUCUGAUUUUUACUAUUACAGGUGCUGCUACUUGUUACCUUAUUAUCUUAAUGCAGUUUCGCAAUACACAUCAUGUCGAGGAUCCGGAUCCCACUGGCAAGCCUGACUUUUUACGUUUCGACUAA